CUUCACCAUUUCCUACAAACCUUCAUUCAUCUUAAAAAAAAUGGCUUUAACACUUCGUUCUUCAACCUUUUUCAUUACUCAGAAUGAAACCAAAGUCCUUAAAACUUCUGAUGAUGUUCCUUCCACAAUCAGCUUUGCAAAAUUUAAGCCAUGUUUCCGUCUCCAAGCUAAAAUGUCUAUGCAAGAAGCACAUCUCACCCGUGAGAACAGCUUGGGAUCUGAAAUAAGGAAAAAUGAGAGAAUGGAGCAUCUGCAUGCUCACUCUGUUGCUCACAACCACAGUGACUCAAAAAGGGUGCCUGUGUUUGUGAUGCUGCCACUGGACACAGUAACAAUGGGAGGAAGCUUGAACAAGCCAAGAGCAAUGAGUGCUAGUUUGAUGGCCCUGAAGAGUGCAGGAGUUGAAGGGGUGAUGGUGGAUGUUUGGUGGGGUUUGGUGGAGAAAGAUGGGCCUUUGAAGUACAACUGGGAAGCCUAUGCUGAGCUUGUGCAGAUGGUGCAAACACAUGGUUUGAAGCUUCAAGUUGUCAUGUCUUUCCAUCAGUGUGGAGGAAAUGUAGGAGACUCCUGCAGCAUUCCUUUACCCCCAUGGGUUCAGGAAGAAAUCAGCAAGAACCCUGACCUGGUUUACACAGACAGAUCAGGGAGGAGGAAUCCUGAGUACAUCUCCUUGGGCUGUGACACAAUGCCUGUUCUUAAAGGAAGGACUCCCAUCCAAGUAUACGCCGACUACAUGAGGAGCUUUCGCGACAGAUUUCAAUCUUCCUUGGGCAGUGUUAUAGUGGAAAUACAAGUAGGGAUGGGUCCUUGUGGGGAGCUGAGAUAUCCAUCUUAUCCAGAAAGCAAUGGAACUUGGAGAUUUCCUGGAAUUGGAGAAUUCCAAUGUUAUGACAAGUAUAUGAGAGCGUCAUUGGCGGCGGCAGCUGAGGCAAUUGGAAAGAAAGAAUGGGGAACAAAUGGUCCCCAUGACUCUGGCCAAUACAAUCAAUUUCCUGAGGAUACUGGUUUUUUCAGAAAGGAUGGAACAUGGAACUCUGAAUAUGGACGAUUCUUUAUGGAAUGGUAUUCCAGCAAAUUGUUGGAACAUGGUGAGAAAAUCCUUGUAUCUGCAAAAGGAAUAUUCCAAACAUCUGGGGUGAAACUAUCUGGGAAAGUUGCUGGAAUCCAUUGGCAUUACAGAACAAGGUCGCACGCAGCUGAACUAACUGCAGGCUACUAUAAUACAAGACAUAAUGAUGGAUAUCUACCAAUAGCUAAAAUGAUGGCAAAUCACGGAGUCGUCUUCAAUUUUACCUGCAUGGAAAUGAAAGACAGAGAGCAACCGGAGCACGCCAACUGCUCACCGGAAGGGUUAGUUAACCAGGUAAAGACGGCAACAAGAACAGCCAAAGCAGAACUUGCAGGUGAAAAUGCAUUGGAGAGAUAUGGUGCAGAUGCAUAUGCUCAAGUUUUGUCAACUAGUAGGUCAGACUCCGGCAACGGGUUGGCUGCAUUUACAUAUUUAAGAAUGAAUAAGAAGUUGUUUGAAGGUGAUAACUGGCGCCACCUAGUGGACUUUGUGAGAAGCAUGUCUGAAGGUGGCCGGAAACAAAGGCUUUCAGACUCGGAUUUGCAGGGUAGUGAUCUCUAUGUUGGGCAUAUCAAACGAACUCAGAAGGAGCACAAGAAAGAGGCUGCUCUAGUGUGAAUGUAAAUAUUAAUUAGCAUGUUCAGGUGUCAUGGUGUAUAGUUAGCAGCAUCAUAAGAUAUUUUUUCAUGGUGGAAGGGAAGAAGCUAAAGUAAUGGCAUAUGCCACACCAAAACCUGAGAUGAUCAAGAUAUUAUUUUAUUACAUGUUAAUGUAUAUAACUCCAACCAUAGAGGAGAAAAACUUUAUCUGCUGGUGUUAUAAACCCAAUAUACAUACUCUUAGUGGAAUGGAAUAUAUUCAGCACCCCUUCUAUGUUGUUGAUUGGUU